AUGGCGGACCUGCUCCUCAACACUGUGAAGAGCGCUGUUGACUUCCUGGAAACCUACAAGGUGACCGAGGGGAUCACUUUGGGGCAGGUCGAAGCUCAAGCCGCAGAACAGAAAGCCCAGCUCGAAAAGUCAAUCGCAGAGGCCGACUCCAUCUCGCCCGCAGUUGGCAAAGAUAUCUUAAAGGUGAUCCAAGGGACCUCGUUCGCAUCAUUGGCACGACUGAUCGCUGGGAAAGUUUCGGUGACGACGAAGACUUCCUCGAAAAAAACCAACGAGAAAAAACAGCAGAACCUCUUCCUCCAGAGAUACAUGACGCUGGACAUGUGGAAAAAGUACCGCGACCCCGAUACCCCCUACGCUACCGUUCUCGAGAUGAUGCUUGACCUCUGGGAGAAGAUCGGGCUGAAGCACCCCUCCGAGCACACUGAGGUGCACGCCGUGGCAAUCAUGACGCUGCGUCUGGACGGGGGCGUCCAAGGGCAGGUCAACGUGAACGUGGCGGACGCAUUCGCCAAGCUCAAAGAUAUCAAGGAUGGCAUCAAGGAGAGGCGCAAACACCGGCUCGACCAUGCCCAUUCGGGCGUGGUGAAGAAGUACGCAGCGACCCUGGUUGAGUUCAAGCGAGUUCACGAGGACAUCUACGACUUCGCCUACGGGGACACAGAGGGCGACCAGCCAGUGAAUAACGUGCCAAUCGAUGAGAUUGCCAUCGACGCCUUGCGCGCGAAGCUGCCAGCAAGGAAGAGCCAUGGGUCCAUCGCGCUGAGGGUCGGCAAAGUGAAGUGCUCGGGCUUGACCGUCGAAGGCGUGGCGAACGCUGUCCUCGCCGCUAUUCAGCAUCGGCAGCCUGUGAGUGGCGACGGCGUUCCAGGUCUCCAGAUCUUCAACCCGAAGCACAAGCUGAUGGUCGACAGCGGCCUGCAGCUGGCGCUUAGCGGGCCCGCCAGCAGUGGGGCCGCGCCGUCGAUGCCCGCGAUCUGUGACAGCCCGGCUUCCGUCCAGGUCAACCUUUCCAGCCCAGAGAGCGCGAGGACGGAGCCGUCGCCCGCGCCGGCGGAGGCGGUGCAGCCCAAGACCACUGCGGACUUGGCCGCGACGAUGCUUGAGUUCACAUCGAAGAAGAGCGGCGGCACGGUGAUGAAGCGCCCCGCGGCUGCUGCGAAGGCGGCGCCCGAAGCCAAGAAGAGCCCGGCGAUUGGGAUCAAAUUGCCUUUCCGUGGGAUCCCGAGCUCGCGGAGGGAGCCGCAGGUGGUGGGUGACUUCAAGAUCUACACCGACAUGGCGAAAUCGGCGUGGAGGGUGCAGAGGAAGGGCGCGCUGAAGGAUCGUUCAUUCUCUUUCAACGGCGGGUCUGACGGCGGGAAAGCAUCCUGGUUGAGAAUGGUGCAGGCCAUCGUCACGGACGACAUCCCUACUGAGUGA